CAAAACCUUCCUCAAACAGCCCACUCGCCAGCAAGCUCGAGUCGAGCGAGCUCGUAGUCCAGUCUCUUGCAGCAGCAACACACACACGUCUCACUGAGAGCAAGCUCUCGAUCGUUUGAGUGAUCAUCCAUGGACUUUGACCUGCUGUUGGGCUCCAGCCCCGAGGCGCAGCUCGCGCUGAUGAACACCAUGCUCCAGCUCGAGCAGGUGCUCAACGACCAGUCGCUGAUGAUGGCGGAGGCGUCGCCGCCGAUAUCGCCCGUGCAGACCCCUUCGCACAGCCUCUCGCCUCCGCCGCACGUGUCCACGGCCUGCGCGGCCGCCGACGCCGGCUAUUUUUACCAUCAGGACCUGCAUGCCCAGGCCGCCCCGGCGGGCUACGCCGGCACCGGCGGCGUGCACCAGGAAUACGUGGUGUCCCCGGGCGCCGCCGUCUUCGACGGCGCCGGCGGCGCGCCGCAGGGUUACUCGUCCCCGUCCUCGUCGGACGCGAUGCGGGAGAUGAUCUUCCACAUCGCGGCGCUGCAGCCGGUGGAGGUCGACCCGGAGGCGGUGCGCCCGCCGAAGCGCCGCAACGUGCGGACCUCCAAGGACCCGCAGAGCGUGGCGGCGAGGCUGCGGCGGGAGCGCAUCAGCGAGCGCAUCCGCGUCCUGCAGCGCCUCGUCCCCGGCGGCACCAAGAUGGACACCGCCUCCAUGCUCGACGAGGCCAUCCACUACGUCAAGUUCCUCAAGUCCCAGGUGCAGUCGCUCGAGCUCGCCGCCGCCGCCACCGGCGCGGCCGCCCACCGCGCCGUUGCCUUCGCCUACCCCGCCAUGCAGCACGCGCCGUGGUAGCCCGUCCUCAUCAGCACGGCUCGUCGACGCUUCAGCUACCAUGAUAGCAGUGAUUCAAUAAUCCUUCCUUCCGUUUCUGUCGCCGGCCCGCGCCGCGCGCACCAGCUCGUCGUCCUCGAUCGCUUUUGGAGUUCCUCGGAUGAUUUCUGUAGCUCUGUGCGGCUGUGUGCAUGGCCACAUGCAUGAAUGUGUGUAAAGAUGUGUAGUAGGAACCUUCUAGUUACAUUUACUGUCGUUGUUACCGCAUGCUAGCUAGCUCGUACGUGGUUUGCUCCAAGCUUUUUUUGGACUCGCAAGCCCGUCCAUGCGCGUACGUUACCUACGUACUAGUGUACUGCUACCACUAGGGAUGUGCACCUUUCUUUUACCUUA